AUGCCCCCCAAGGCUCAGAAGACUCCCACGACUGGCGGCAAGGCCCCCGCUGGAAAGGCCCCCGCCGAGAAGAAGGAGGCUGGCAAGAAGACUGCCGCUCCCUCUGGCGACAAGAAGAAGCGCACCAAGUCCAGGAAGGAGACCUACUCUUCCUACAUCUACAAGGUCCUCAAGCAGGUUCACCCUGAUACCGGUAUCUCCAACCGUGCCAUGUCCAUCCUGAACUCUUUCGUCAACGACAUCUUUGAGCGCGUUGCGACUGAGGCCUCGAAGCUUGCCGCGUACAACAAGAAGUCCACCAUCUCUUCCCGUGAGAUCCAGACCUCUGUCAGGCUGAUCCUCCCGGGCGAGUUGGCCAAACACGCCGUUUCGGAAGGCACCAAGGCUGUCACCAAGUACUCUUCCUCCACCAAAUAG